UCUGGCAUUAGUGACGCCGCGCGUCAGUGAUCUGGUGUUAAAGAACGUAAUAGACGCUUUUUGAACAUUGGAAGAUAUGUGUGGGAUAGUUUGUUUGAAAUUAUUUGAACAUUGUCAUAUUUCGUGACGACUUCCAAAAUAUUAAAAAGAAUGGCAACAUUGUUCUAUAGCUAUAUGCCAGAUUAUUUUUCUUUGACAGAUAUUUUAUGUACAGAGGAGCGAAUAUCCUGUAAAGUAGAGGUUACGUUACCCCGUUUAGGUUUUCUGGACCUUUCCUCUGAAUCUGAAGAUUUAAAGUCAGAUACAAAGUUAGAGCUUCCAUUAUGGCUAGCACAACCAUUGAACAUGGCAAGGGAAACAAUAGUUAGUGUAGACGUACCUAAAACAUACAAGGAAGGCUACAGAGAAAUUUUAUUAGCAGACGCCUGUACUGUUGUAUUGAACAAAUGGAAUCCUUAUUAUUAUGAAUUAGGGAUGUACUUGAAAAAAUUUAAUAAUCGUGAUUGUGAAAUGAUAAUUGAUAGUUUGUUAUUGACUUUUAGAUCAAGAUUUAGAUUGGUUAUGGAUUGGGCACAGAAUCCUGUCUCCGACCCUACACUUAAUAAUUUACUGCCAAGGUUAGAGAGGGAUUUAUUUCUUGCUGGUAAGAAAUCCAAGAUACAGUUAAAUGAAUGGUUAAAGAAAGGUUCAAGUGUUAUUGAAACUUCACAAAGUGCAGUUAAUCUUAAGAAACGAAAGCGAACAGAUUAUGAACUGAAUUAAACCGUGCAUUCUGUGUGAAACAUUUUUAUGGUAAAGCAAUAAUAUAAUAUCUGCAACAAAAUUUUUUAUAUAAAUGAUUAAUAUAAUAAAUGGAUGGAAUAUUAAAUAAAAUGUAUUAUCUUAUAUGUUGAAAUCAUAUAUCCCUUUAUUUCAAGAUAGAAACAUCUGUAAGUUCUAUUUAUUAAAUAACAAAAAUUUUAUUUACAUAUCUUGUAUGGAAUCAGUCACAUUUGAGCCAUCAACAUAGAGGGAAUCGUAUAACUAAAAGUGGUAAUAUCUAUUUCACAACCCACGACUAAAAAUUGUUAAAAUAUCUUAGUAGAUAUGAAACACACUAAUAUGUUAAUUUUCCAACGGAAUAUCGUUUCAUCAGCGAUAACGUUUCCUUUAUUACAUUAUUUAAUAUUUUAUAUAACGAAACAUUAACACUUUGAAACUAUCUUCGUACAAAAAUAGAAAA